AUGUUCCCCUGCUGCGCCCCGACCCUGCACGCCGCGUCCGUCCUCCCGCGACGCUCACUGCUGCUGCGGCCUGAGCUCCACGCCAGCCGUCGCCCGCCUUGCCGUAGCACGCACCGCGCCGACCGCGCCUGUGCCUCGCCCACGCCCCGCGCCUCCCCACAUGCCGCCGCUCACGGCUCCACCGGUGUCCGCCACCACGCCGCACUGACCUCCCCACGCGGCUACCUACGCUCACCCCCACGUGCGCCGUUCUGCACCUCUGCAGCUGCUCGUCGGUCGCCGUUCCGGCCGCGGCCACCGGCCUCCCCUGUUCCGGCGCCCUGCCGGGUCCGCCCGCCCCCGGGCGUGCGCCCGCUCGGGCCGCGCGGCGCCCCGUGCCCGCUAAGGCCACAAGGGCCUUUGACAACUAGGCCCUGUCCCAUGUACCCAUGA